AUGUCUGCGCGAAUUCGCCACUCACUGUCGCCUUCCUCUACCCGUGUACCACUGCCUUCCUCUACCCGUGUACCACUGCCUUCCUCUACCCGUGUACCACUGCCUUCCUCUACCCGUGUACCACUGCCUUCCUCUACCCGUGUACCACUGCCUUCCUCUACCCGUGUACCACUGCCUAUCUCCACCCGCCCUCCUCUCCGCUCCUCGCCACCUCCUUACACGCACUCUCCUGCUGCCCUCGUCGCGCGCUCUGCCCUUCUUGCAAUGAAGGCGCGGGGUGUGCGGUUGGAGCGGGUGGAGGCGGGGCCGGCGGAGGAGGCGGAGGGGGAGGGCACGGAGGCGAGUCCGCGGCUGCCCAAGGCGGACAGCCACAGCCGCGCGCCGCACGAGGCCGUCGCGCGCAUCCUCGAGGACGACCUGCUGGAGGGGGGCGGGCUGGAUGGGGGGAACGCGGAGGGGGGAGCGGGGGGCGGGGGGAGCGCGGAGGAGGGAGGCGCAGGGGGCGCACUGCGCACCGAUGACAGCACUGCCUGUCUUGUUGUGUUCCACUCACUGCCCUCUCCUCCUCUGCCUGGCCUUCCUCUGCCCUCUCCUCCUCUGCCCUCUCCUCCUCUGCCCUCUCCUCCUCUGCCCUCUCCUCCUCUGCCCUCUCCUCCUCUGCCCGCUCCUCCUCCGCCCGACCCUCCUCUGCUAGUGCCUUAUGCCUUUCCACCUGCUCACGCAUCGCUCUCCCGCCCCUCUCCUGAUCUCCCCUCUUUUUCCACCCACUCCCCCGUUUGCCUGUGGGGCCAGGUGUUCCACGUGUACAGGGCGGGGCGCACAGGGCCCGUGCUGCUGUGCCUGCAUGGGGGCGGCUAUGCCGGGGCAUCGUUUGCAGUGGCGGCGGGGCACAUGAGGGGCGAGGUGCAGGUGGUGGCCGUGGAUAUGCGUGGCCACGGCGCCACACGCACCGCCAACGACCUCGACCUCUCCGCCCAGACGCUGGUGGAGGAUGUGGCAGGCGUGGCAAGGAAGCUCUUUGGCGACUCACCUCCCGCCAUCGUGCUGCUGGGUCACAGCAUGGGGGGGGCGGUGGCAGUGCGCGUGGCGGAGCAGCAGCUGCUGCCAUCGCUGGCAGGCCUCGUCGUCGUCGACGUCGUCGAGGGCAGCGCCGUGGCAUCGCUGGGCCACAUGCACGCAGUGCUGGCGUCACGCCCCUCACACUUCCCAUCGCUCCACAAAGCCGUGGAGUGGAGUGUGCGGUCGGGGCAUCUGAGGAGCGUUGAGUCGGCGCGUGUCUCGGUGCCACCCACCCUCGUGCCAGACGCCGCAGGGAAGGGGUUUGUGUGGCGCACCCCGCUGGAGAAAUCUCAGCCCUACUGGAAGGGAUGGUACACGGGUCUGUCGGACCUCUUUCUGCGCUGCCCCGUGCCCAAGCUGCUGCUGCUCGCCGGCACCGACCGCCUCGACAAGCCGCUGACCAUCGCUCAGAUGCAGGGCCGCUUCCAAAUGCUCCUUGUCCGCCACUCAGGCCACGCCAUCCAGGAGGACGAGAGCUUGGAGUUCUCUUCCAGCGUGCUGCACUUCAUUGCAAGAAACCGAAUCACACAGCGUGGAGUCAUG